GCUUCUUAGCCUGGGUAUCGAGUACGUACUCCGUACGCUGCGUAGCGCCCUGAGAUGGAAGCUUUCGCAAGGUCCCAAGUACAAAAACCUCGGCUCCAGCCAACCGGCGGCCAGGAUCUUGGAAUUUCUGUAUCAUCCUCGGGAGACGACCAACCGGCCACGCAGCAGCCGUUGACCACAACACCAGCGUCGAGAUGAGGUUACUCUUCACUUUGUUUGCCGUCCUACCGGCUCUGGCAGCGGCGUCGCCUUACCCACGACAACGUCGGCAGUCGUCAUUCAACUCCUCAUCUUCCCAGCCUCUGCUUGACCUCAGCAUCAUUCAGUCGUACUGGGGUCAGCUCACACCCUAUGCGGACAAUGCCGAGGACUUCUUCGGCGUCGAUGCGACAGGUCUGCCGGACGGCUGUCAAGUCGAGCAGGCUCAUCUGCUCCAGCGUCAUGGUUCGCGUUUCCCAACGAGCUACUUUGACGACGGCGUCAACGACGAGAACUUUGCUUCCAAGGUGUCCAACUGGACCCAAGCAAACUCGAAGGAGCAGUUCACCGGACCGCUCAGCUUCUUGAACUCCUACCGCUACCAGAUGGGCGAGAGCUACCUGGUCGGGACUGGCGCCUCGCAGCUGUUCUCAUCCGGAGUCACCUUUUGGGAACGUUACGGUCGAGUCCUGUACAAUGCCUCCAUGGGUCAGCUCGCGUACAAUACGAGUUUCCCGAACGGAACGGCGAGAACGAAGCCAGUUCUACGGACCACAUCACAGUCCCGCAUCGAGAACACGCAGAUCAAUUGGGCCUUGGGAUUCUUCGGGCCGUCUUUCAUGCAGACGCCCAACCCUACCCUGGCGAACGCCACGAGCCCCUUCAAUCUGGUCGUCAUCCCCGAAGGUGGAACCGAGAACAAUACGCUGGCCUCGUACGACAGCUGUUUCAACGACAACAAUCAGCCAGAGGGUCUUCUCGGAGACUACGACCUGUUGUUCAACUACGUCCCCAUCUACCUCUCGGACGCCAACAAGCGCCUUUCUCAGUAUGUGCCUUCUGGGUUCAAUCUGACCCUCAACGACACGUAUGCCAUGCAGAGCCUCUGUGCUUACGAGACCAACUAUCUCGGCAUGAGUGACUUUUGCGGCUUGUUCACCGAAGAUGAAUGGUCCGGGUUCGAAAGCACGCUCGAUCAAGAAUAUUAUUACGACUAUGCGUGGGGGAACCCGACGGGUCGUGCUCAAGGCAUUGGCUACCUACAAGAACUCUUGGCAAGGCUGCAACACCAGUACAUCACGUCGUCCAACUCGAGCGUCAACAGCUCCAUCACCAACAAUUCGCGGACGUUCCCCCUCGACCAAAAGUUCUACGCCGACUUUUCGCACGACGACAUCAUCAUUUCCGUCCUGACCGCGGCCUCUCUGGACUAUCUGCGCGACCCGCCGAGUCUGACCGACUAUCCUCCAGACCCCCAGCGACAUUUCAUCCUCUCCCACUUGACGCCCUUUGCGGCGCGUCUGAUCACGGAAGUGAUAGGCUGCGGCUCCGGCAACCCUUCUCCGCAGAACACCACCAGGACGCAGUACUACACGAGCCAGUACGGCUACCAGGCCAGCAACGCCACCUACAAGUUUGUCCGCAUGCGCCUCAACAACGGCAUCCUCCCCCUGUCCACCAUCCGCGGUGGCUACUGCGGGAACCGACCCGACGGGAUGUGCCCUCUCAGCGCGUUCCUCAAGAGCCAAGAGUCGAGCUUUGAUCAGAGCAACUACCAGUACGCCUGCUUCGGCAACUACACUGUCAACUGGCCAAAUAAUGGCACAGACUACGACGGCACCAUCUUUAGUGGCAGUGCGUCGCGUCGCCGUUGAUUGGAAACACAACACAGACACACGCAUUCUCUCUCUCUCUCUCUCUGAAAGAGGCAUCGUCCGCCUGUAUAUGACCAUUCCAUGCCGUGAAAAGCCGCCCAGUCACAGUCUGAAUAUAUAAUACGUACAUAAUAGUCUAGUCAUUCCUUGCAGAACUUGGCUCGGGCCUAUGGCUCAAACUUGCUGCCACUCUAAUGGAAACCAAAGUCCUU